UCACCUUCCGGACAAAAGGACAUAGUUAGAGAACCACUGAGUCGGUGAUAGAUGAGUGCUCCGCUGUCAACCGUUGGCGGAGUGCACGACACGGGAAUGUCUUGAAUGUGAUGUGGGAAGUUGUCAAACUCGGUUGCAGCGUGGUAAGUCGGACACACUAGGCUGAGUGUGUGACGUAAGUAUGCACGCGUUCCGGAAAGGCAACUCUGCAGCGCCUUCAGAAGUCAACUCCUGGGAAAAGGCGAUUGAGUAUUGAGGUGGGUCUUUGGUGAUCUCUGGUGGGUCUCUGAGACCCUGGAAGUCGGGAGGUGAAACCCCGCCAGACGAGGACGCGCAGCUGAUAGAAUGUCGUCGGAUGAGGACGAGAGAAUGUUUACUCUGGCGCGACGAGGUGGACGUAGGUGUAGACGGCCAGGCUUCAAGGCGAGGCUGUUUGCCUAUGGAAGCAUGGACGCCUGCCCAAGGACCAGCAAAUGCAGAGAAAGAAUCUCACUGCAAUCGCAUCCUCUUGACGACCGCGACGGCCAUGCGCGAAGGUGUGAAGAAGUACAUAAACCACAACAAAUGGAUGGAGAGACUACGAUGACAGGAAGGCUUUUUCCUCGAGGGGCGCGGCGACGAGCAUGGGGCGAUGAUCGAGACUGUAUAGAGACCAGAUGGCGAUGGGACGGAAGAGACACGCACACUAGUGUGGCUGGUUCUCCUGGGCUAUGCGCUGGUGCGGCCCAGUCGCCAACGAACGCACUGGACGAGAGCCUCACGCACGUACCUCCACCGCCACAUGCUCUCAAUUCCCAAUGCCCGCCAAAACCCCCAAUCUCCAUUCUGAUAUUCUCCACAGUCUGUACAGUUAUAGGCUCACCUCCUCCAGCUGCGUCACAUCGCCUCACCUCCUGUCAAAUUCCCUUGCCUCCUUGCCGCCGAAUACAUGCGACUAGUUCCUCUGUGCCGGCUUUCCUGUCAGUAUCGAAGCGGCUCCAUUGGGCGUCAAAAAUGCUCAAGCGCGAGAAAAGAGACACUCAGGUCACAGCACAUAUUUGUACAUGCUCAAUACUACGAUAGUCUGCCCCUCGUCCCAGUCCCCACAGAUGUGAUGGGUCGAGCGAGGGUAUCUCCAUGGGUUAGAUGCUAAAACAAAAAGGUCGCAAAGGUCUCGCCACUUGGCCUGGACCUGAUUCCUGCAUUGAUUCGACACUUCCGUGGAUUUUGGGUCCAACCCUUGGCUGGCAUUCGUAGCCGUUGGGCAGUCGCCAGGCGCAAGCGCACUGACUGGAAUAUGACUGGAAUCUGGGUGCAUGGGCCUGCUGUGCAGAGUUCGCCCGGGAGCUGUGUGGGUAUCUGCUAGAAACACCUGAACCACUGUAGCUUUGUGCCAUUUCUCUGGGAACACAUAAAG